AUGGUGUUAGCAUGGAAAGAAGAACACUUGGAUCUUGUCUUAGUUCCAAGUGGUCUGCUAAUCAUGUUAGGUUAUCAUCUCUUUCAUCUUCACAAAUGUCUUAACUGCCCCGAGACCACAGUCAUCGGCUACGAAAACUACAGCCGGAGGGUUUGGGUAGCAAGAAUCUUGCAGACAGCGAGGUGUUUUGUCCACGCCAAUUUCCUCAUAAGCAUGCCAAAUUGCAAGAUGCCUGUGAAAAAUGUCGAGAGCUCGGUUAUUAAAGGAAGUACCUUUUGGGUUAUCGGUUUGAGGUCGAUAUAUUUUGCGGCCAAUUUGUUGCUCUGGAUUUUCGGGCCGAUCCCAAUGUUUGCAUGCUCGGUUUUCACGGUGGUGCUUCUGCAGUAUUUGGAUAGGAAUGCGGCCCCACUGCCUCGUUUUGGUGAAUCCGAUAAGAUGGACAAGGAAAUGAGUGAAGUUGAUGUAACGUAUUGA